AAUGAGAAAAACUUUAAAAAUAACCUCACUCAGAGUCGCAGUCUAAAAAUCACUCUUCAUGAUCAGGGGUAGUUUCGUCUUGAGCAGAAAAGUAGCACACUUGCAGGCAGCUCAUAACCGUUGUAAAUCUAAAAUUCCAAAUUUACCCUUAGGGAACCUUUGAGCAAAUAGCUAAGAAUGCGCCCAAAAAUGUAAAAAAAGAGAAAACUAGGGGUCCACAUUUAUAAAUAUAAAGUGAAAAAAAAAACAGAAAGAAAUGAUUCGCGCGAGCCACAGAGAAGAGAAGAGAGGAGAGAGAAUGAGAAGUUGCUUAGAGACGUUGUCGGACUUCAAACCAGUUUCAGUACCGGAAUUUAGGAACUCCGUUUAAGUCCGGGGCCGUCUAAAACAAAAAAGGAUAAGCCUUUUCUUCUUCAGAGAGAGAGUGAAGUUAGAGAAGAUCGUUCAUUUUCGUAAUUCAGGUGGUUGGGUGAGAGAAAGUCAUGGUCUUUAUUUGUUUCUGAGAAAUUGGGAAAGAUGUCGUCCACGCCUCUCAAGGUCUGGCAACGUUGGUCUACCACUCCAGCUAAAGGUCCAGACAUGGUGACCGCUGUUACGGGUCGGGUCAGUGAGAUCCAGUACGAAGACGAUCCUAGAAGAUUGCUCUCUGAGCUUCAAAAAGAGCUUUUUGAGUAUCAACACAGUAUGGGUCUUCUUCUGCUCGAGAAAAAGGAGUGGGGUUCUAGAUACGAAGAGCUUCAACUAGAAUUUGAACAUGCGAACGAGUGUCUUAGGAGAGAACGCAAUGCGCAUCUGGCUGCUAUGGCAGAUGUUGAGAAGAGGGAAGAGGGUUUGAAGAAAGCUCUGGGGGUUGAGAAACAGUGUGCACUUGAUCUGGAGAAGGGUCUGCGGGAGUUACGCUCUGAAAACGCAGAGAUCAAAUUUACAGCUGACUCAAAGUUGACUGAGGCAGAUGCAUUGGUCAGAAGUGUUGAAGAGAAGUCUCUGGAAGUGGAGGCGAAGCUGCGUGCUGUUGAUGCAAGACUUGCUGAAGUUAGUAGGAAGAGUUCAGAGGUGGAGAGGAAGUCCAAGGAGGUGGAAGCUAGAGAAAGUUCUCUUCAAAGAGAGCGGUUUGCCUACAUUGCUGAACGAGAAGCAGAUGAGGCAACCUUGUCAAAGCAGAGGGAGGACUUGCGUGAAUGGGAAAGAAAGUUGCAAGAAGGAGAAGAAAGAGUUGCUAAAUCUCAAAUGAUUGUAAAACAGAGAGAGGAUAGGGCAAAUGAAGGUGAUAAGAUUGUCAAGCAAAAGGGAAAAGAAUUUGAAGAGGCUCAAAAGAAGAUUGAUGCUGAUAACCUUGCGUUGAAGAAAAAGGAAGACGAUAUCACCUCAAGAAUAAAAGCUCUGACUUUAAAGGAGCAAGAAACGGAUGUGCUGAAGAAAUCCUUAGAGACAAAAGAGCGAGAGCUACUAUCUAUGCAAGAGAAACUGGAUGCCAGAGAAAAGGUUGAAGUUCAGCAACUAUUUGAUGAACACCAAACUAAGUUGGAGGCAACACAGCGUGAGUUUGAGUUGGAAAUGGAGCAGAAAAGAAAAUCUAUUGAUGACAACUUGAGGAGUAAGGUUGCUGAGGUGGAAAAAAGGGAGGCUGAGUGGAAGCACAUGGAGGAAAAGGUUGCUAAACGUGAACAGGCAUUAGAUAGGAAGCUGGAGAAGCAUAAAGAAAAAGAAAAAGAUUUUGAAUUAAGACUGAAAGGCAUAAAGGGGAGAGAGAAAGCCUUGAAAAGCGAGGAGAAGGCAUUGGAAACUGAGAAGAGAAAACUUGCCGAGGAUAAGGAAAAUAUACUCAAUCUUAUAGCUGAAGUCGAGAAGAUAAAGGCUGAAAAUGAAGUACAGCUAUCAGAGAUUCGUGAAGAGAAGGAAGAGCUUAAAGUGGCUGAGGAAGAGAGGUCUGAGUAUCUACGUCUGCAAACCGAAUUAAAGGAGCAAAUAGAAAACUGCAGGUCUCAGCAGGAGCUUCUUUCGAGAGAGGUAGAGGAUCUGAAGGCCCAAAGGGAAUGUUUUGAGAAAGAAUGGGAAGAACUUGACAAGAGGAAAGCUAAGAUCGAGUCCGAACUAAAGAAUAUAACUGAUGAGAAAGCAAAACUAGAGAGAAACAAUCACUUGGAAGAAGAGAGGUUGAAAAAGGAACAUCAAGCAGCAGAUGACAACAUGAAAAGGGAGCUAGAAACUCUUGAAGUGACAAAAGCUUCAUUUGCAGCUACUAUGGAGCAUGAGCGUUCGGUGAUCUCUAAGAAAGCUGAGAGCGAAAGAAGUCAACUGCUUCACGAUAUUGAAAUGCUAAAAAGGAAACUGGAGUCUGAUAUGCAGAGUAAACUGGAAGAAAGAGAAAAGGAGUUGCAAGCGAAAGAGAAGUUGUUUGAGGAAGAGAGAGAGAAGGAACUGAGCAACAUUAAUUACCUAAGGGACCUAGCAAGAAGAGAAUUGACGGAUGUGCAGAUCGAUAGACAGAGAAUAGAGAUAGAAAAGCUAGAAACUGAUGCUAGCAAGAAACAUCUUGAAGAGCAGCAGACAGAAAUCCGGAAAGAUGUUGAUGAUCUUGUUGCCUUAACCAAGAAACUGAAGGAGCAACGGGAGCAAUUUAUUAGCGAGAGAAACCGUUUCCUUUCUUCCAUGGAAAGUAAUAGGAACUGCAAUCACUGCGGUGAACUGCUUUCAGAGCUUACACUUCCUGACAUUGACAACCUGGAAAUGCCUAAUUUGUCAAAACUGGUUGAGAACGAAGCACCACAGCAGGAGAUGAGGGAUAUAUCGCCAACUGCUACCUCCUUAGGAUUGACAGUUCCUGGUGGGACAGUGUCAUGGCUCCGGAAAUGUACUUCAAAGAUUCUUAAGUUGUCCCCAAUAAAAAUGGGAGAAGCCUCUGUUGCUCUAAAUUUUGCUGACCAGGAACCUGAGUCUACUGAGCUAGCUAACGCGAACAGUGGGCCAUCAACUAUGCUUCAGGUCCAAUGUGAAAGCCUCACAAGAGAAGUUAAAGUCGCCAAUGCAAACUCAGACGGUGAUCAAAGCAACAUCAACAGCAAGGCUCAAGAAGUUGAUGCAGAUUCUUUGUCCAAUCCAAAUGGUGAUGAUCAAUUACGCAUGAGAGGGAAAGCCAGAGUCGGAAGAACACGUUCUGUCAAAGCUGUUGUUGAAGAUGCCAAAGCUAUCUAUGGAGAAUCUAUAGAACUCAGUGAGCCCGUUGAUUCAACAGAAAAUGUUGAGGACAAUGCUAAAGGAAAUGAUGAAAGCACGGAUGAACCUGGUCGUUCUGAUAAAGGGGCUUCAAAGAAUGGACGGAAACGUGGACGUAUGGGCUCUUUGCAAACUUGUACUACUGAGCAGGAUGGUAACGAGAGUGAUGGAAAAUCAGAUAGUGUCACCGGAGGAGAACGUCAGCGUGGGAAGAGGCGGCAUAAGGUUGCAUCAGAGAAACAAGAAGAAGUUGUGGGACAAAGAUAUAAUCUCCGGCGAUCUACAAGGGUGGCUGGAAAAACCGCACUUGGUAAGAAGAAUGAAGAGACUACUGGUGGAGUGCAACAAGAGGAGGGUAUUUACUGUGCUCAAACCACUGCCACAGCAUCAGUAGGCGUUGCUAUUAGCGACGAUAAUGGCGUAAGCACGAAUGUGGUGGAGCGUGAAGCCAUGGCAGACUGUGAGGAUACAGACGCUGGUUCGGCCAAAAGAAUAGGUGAGAGUCAAGAAAUGAGUGAAGAAGAUGUGAACAAAACACCUCAAAGGGCUGACUCUGGAAACGAGUAUGAUGGUGAAGAAGAUGAAUCGGAAUCAGAACACCCCGGGAAAGUCUCCAUUAGUAAGAAGCUCUGGACUUUCCUGACGACGUAGCCCCAUCUUUGACCAGGGUGUAGUUCGCAUAUGAUGUUAUAAUCUGUUGACAAUGUUAGUGUUUGCUUUUUAUCUCUAGUUAUCUUAGGAGCCUUUUUUGUGUGGAUCUUUUUCACCAAAGUGUAGUGAUUUCUUUCUAGGUUUCUACCACUUUGUUGCUAUCUGGUUAAAAGAGUAUACUUCUUUGGUCUGUUUUAGAUGAUUAUUUGAUCUUAUGAGAGUAGUCUCCCUGUAA